AUGACAGCAACAAACAACAACAACAACUAUAUCGUUUCUGAUGAAAAAGUUAUUGAUUCAUUAGCUGAGGAAUUAGUUGUGGCAGAAACUAAAACCCUCAACGAAAGAAUUGGUGAAAACAGGAUUGAUUUACAUAACUACCUCAAACAUGAUGGAGGAAGAGGAAGGAAAACUGGUAUGGCUUUAUUAGUAAAUAAAAUUUCAAAUUUAACGAUUAUAGAUGUUGAUAUCAAUAAAUCAUACAAUGAUGAACUUAAAGAAACAGUUAGAAAAGACAUUUUAUCAAAACUUUCGGAUAAAGAUGUUAUCGUUAAAACCGCUUCAGGAGGUCUUCACAUUUAUUGCAACACUAAUUUCUUCUAUUCAACCUCGAACAGAAUGAUUAAAUGUUAUUCUUGCAAUGAUUAUGAUAUUGACAUAAUGACUUCAAUGGAUGAUUCAAAGCGUUCUUUAGUGGUUAUGGCUGAUUCAAGA